AUGUCGACGCCGACGACAGCGACGGCGACGCUGCCGCAUUACAGCCCGCACCAGCAUUUCCGCUAUCCACACCAUCAGCACCCGCACCAGGCCUACCCGCAACCAAAUUCCUCCUCCUUCCGCGCAGCGAACCCAAUCCUCCCACCCGCCUCCCGCCUCGCCUAUCCUUCGCCAGGCUACUCUUCCGCUGCGAGCCACACAUCAGGGAAUGGAGUAGCUGCCGUGGCCUCGGACCACGCGAGACUCGCUCCGCACGAAACCGCUGACGGCACCUCCCGACUCGACCACCUCUACACAACCGCCAUGCCCUCGAAUAACUCGCAGACCCAGGCCCAGCCUGCGUCUGAGGCGCAACCUCCGCGCAAAAAACGACGAUCGAGAGAACCAGACUGGAAAACAUUUUACAAAAAUGGUUUGCCCAAGGAAAUCAUCGUCAUUGACGACACCCCCGAGCCCGAGCGGUCGAGUGCAGCGGCCGCUACUUCGCAGGCCCUACCAACCACUCGGCAACAUGCCGCGACCGGCGGUGCGCCCGGGUCCUCGGCCAAAAAACGGAAGCGGGAUGAAGAGCCUACGCCUUACGAUCCCGUCCACCACAGCGCCGCCCUUGGGUCUCACACACCGAGUAAAUCUACAGCCGCCAGCGACCGGACAAACUCGGCUCUUCACACGACCGCAGCGACUUCUUUGGGAUCUCUGUCAUCAAAUGGCCAGUACGAGUACGAGACCCAACCCGGCCAAAAACGAAAGAGGACAACCCGCCAGCAACUAGCCAACGAGGCAAGGCGUCGCGAAGCCGCGACAUAUACUGAUGCCCUCGCCCACUAUCGGCCACCCCCAUAUCCCCCCAAAAAGGCUCGCGACGUCCAUAUCAAAGUAGUGCCCGAUCCCCCGGGAACGAAGAACAUACGCGUUGACGACGAUGACGGCCAUUACAUCGUGGUUCCGGAUAACGACCUGACCGAACGAUACCAAAUGGUGAAACUUCUAGGGCAGGGGACGUUUGGCAAAGUUGUGCAGGCUCGGGAUCGACGGUCCGAUAAACUCGUCGCCAUCAAGAUUAUCCGCUCCGUGCAAAAGUACCGCGAAGCCAGCAAGAUUGAGCUGCGAGUCCUGGAGACGCUCCGGGCCAACGACGAAGAAAACCGGAACCGCUGCAUUCACUUCCGGGAUUGUUUCGACUACCGCGGCCACAUCUGCAUCGUCAUGGACCUUCUCGGCCAAAGUGUUUUCGACUUCUUGAAGAGCAACAACUUUGUGCCCUUCCCCAACAGCCAGAUCCAGAAUUUUGCUCGCCAGUUAUUAACCAGCGUUGCAUUUCUUCACGACCUCAACUUGAUCCACACUGAUCUGAAGCCGGAAAACAUUUUGCUAUGCCACAAUGCCUACCAGACGUUCACCUACAACAGGAGGAUACCUUCGGCCAGCACCGGUAGUAACAACCGCCAAGCUAGUCAGAGACGGGUUCUCUUGGACACCGAGAUUCGCCUGAUCGAUUUUGGUUCUGCGACUUUUCAAGACGAGUAUCACUCCUCGGUCGUGUCGACUCGCCACUACCGGGCUCCCGAGAUCAUUCUUGGGCUCGGGUGGUCAUAUCCUUGUGAUAUUUGGAGCAUUGGUUGUAUUCUGGUGGAGUUCUUCACCGGCGACGCCCUCUUCCAAACGCACGAUAACCUCGAGCAUCUGGCUAUGAUGGAAGCAGUCGUCGAUACUAGAAUCGACCCAGCUCUGGUCCAGCAGGUGAAUCGGAUGACCAGGAACGGCGGAAACCCCGCUUCCAAAUACUUCAAGCGCCUCAAGUUGGACUAUCCCAUGCCUGAUACAACACGAGCAUCUAGAAGAUUCGUUAAAGCCAUGAAAAAACUACGGGAUAUCAUCCCGCCUACUUCGAAGUUCUUGAAGGAGUUCCUGGAUCUCCUCGAAAAAAUCUUCGUCUAUGACCCCGCGCAGCGCAUCACCGCCAAACAGGCCCUUCAACAUCCCUGGUUCCGCGAGGUCGCACAUCCCGAUGACGGAACGGAAGCAGCCAGAAUCCGGGCCGAUAAGCAACGGAUGCUUGAGCGGGAGGUGUCCGGGGCCAGCCAUGCUCAUGCCUUGGAGGAGAGGUCGAUAAGGAGGUGA